AUGUCGGAAAACCACCCAGGAGUCUUUGAAGAUCCCAAUGAGGCCAGGGGCCAUAUGGCUGCUAAAAUUAGCAAGGCUCUUCUCCGUGAGGCCAGGGCUGCAAUGGCAAUGGGAAGCCAUGUCCCUCAAAAAAGAAAGAGGACUAAGAGAGGGAAAGCAGUCACAAGCGCAGCGGCCACAAGUAACAGACCUUCUGAAGUUCAAGUGAUCACAGUGUCUGAGGAAGUCCCUCAGAUCGAAGAAGAGAUGACUGCAAGUCUUGAAACGUGUCUUCAACAGCUGAGGGACACUCUUGACUCAGUUGAGGUUAAUGUGGCAGCUGAAAAAACAGCAUGGGCACAGCGGCAGCUACACGCUGAUACAAGGGCAAAAGCAGCAAGGCCAGUGCUGCUCGAUGCUAAACUGUCCGCUGAAAGAGACUUCUACCAAAAAUGUCACGGGUGCGGUGCCGUAGAGGCAGUAAUUAGGUGCCUGGAUUGUGUGCCACUGGACAUGGAGUAUCUAUGUGGAGGAUGCGACAUGGAGGCUCACAAAAAGAAUGUGUUCCAUGGCAGGGAGGCACUUUUCCAUGGCUACCUGGAGCCCAGGGCCGGCUCUAACCCUUUGGACGAUAUGAUGUCUGUUUGCCCCGUAAAGUUUGUCCUACCUGCCUUGUGGAAUGGACCCCAGGGGUGA